UCGAUUCGUUAUGCUACAUACGGUGCAGAAUAUCAACCUUCACAACGUAAACGUAAACGUAAGCAUGGUUUCUUGGCAAGAUUAAAAAGCAAAACUGGACGUAAAAUCCUCGCUCGUAGAAGAGCAAAAGGAAGUCGAUUUUUAUCGCAUUAA